ACCAAAACACUCGAUUAAAACUGAGGCUAAAUCAACAAAGCAUGUGGUCAGUUACUGUAUGUUUGUCUGCAGGAACAGACAUGGCCUCAGAUACCAUGACGGUGGCGGCUCUGAGUCGACCUUUCACCCUCGGGAUGUUCUACGAUGCUGUGAAAGACGAACUGAUUCCAGGUCUCACACUGUGGGAUGCCAAUACUCUAAAAGACAACACAGUUGAGAACUCUCAGCACAGCAGUAACUUUCAGAUUUCUACCUCUGACACCACUGAGUCCAAGUCCUCAUUGCUGAGUAUUGAGGCUUCUUUGAAAGCCAGUUUCUUGGCUGGACUGGUGGAAGUCGAAGGAUCCGCCAAGUAUCUAAACGAUCAGAAGAGGUUCAAGAAUCAGAGCAGAGUGACUUUUCAGUACAAAGCUACCACCAACUUCAAACAGCUGAACAUGGCUGACCUCAGCACUCUGGACAAAGAGCAGAAAAGUAUUAUUCAGAGAAGCUCGGCCACACAUGUGGUCACCGCCAUCCUUUAUGGGGCGAAUGCUUUCUUUGUGUUUGACAGCGAGAAGGUAGAAGCUAGCAGCGUUCAGGAAAUGGAAGGCAGCAUGCGAGCUCUGAUUAAGAAGAUUCCUGCUUUUGAUGUUGAAGGGAAAGUUGACUUGAAGCUGACAGAUGAAGAAAAAGCCCUGACUCAGAAAUUCUCUUGUAAAUUCUACGGAGACUUCAUCCUUGAAAGCAACCCUUCAACAUUCGAAGAGGCAGUCAAUGCUUAUGUAGGACUACCAAAGCUGCUGGGAGAAGAAGGAGAAAACUCUGUUCCUCUGACGGUCUGGAUGAUGCCGCUGAAGAAUCUGGAUCCUGAAGUUCCUGAUUUGAUAAAUGACAUCAGCGUUGGGUUGGUGAUUGAAAUUGAAGACACCCUGGAUGACCUGAGUCAGAUGGAAUCCAGAUGCAACGAUUCCCUGGAUGAGAAAGUGGUGGGACAUUUUCCAUCUCUUAAAGAUGGGUUGACACGUUUCCAAAAGCUGUGCAGUUAUUACAAAGCUGAUCUCCAGAAGACCAUGGAGAAGACACUUCCCUCCAUCCGUGAAGGCAAAGAGGACGAGAGCUCACUGAGACAAGUCUUUGAGGAGAGAAAAAAAUCACCGUUCAGUCAUAAUAAACUAAGCAAGUGGCUGGACUGCAAAGAGAGGGAGGUCAACGUGGUCCGGUCCUGUUUGAUGACAAUGAAGGACACAAAGAUUGUCGCAGAUCAGACGGAGCUGGAAAGAGAGCUUCUCACACCUAAUGCAGGUCUCAGUUACUGCUUCGUUUUCACCUCUCUGGAAACUGCUGACCCCUGCCUGGACGACAUGAGAAACUACCUGGAUGGACAGAAGUCAGGAAGCUCAAAGCCCACGUAUAUCUCAGAUGAUGUUAUAAAGCAAAUGAGAAAGAAGGCUUAUUAUUUCAAAAGCUUUGAAAAUCGUGUUAGAAGUUCAUUCAAAAAAUUCCUUGUAACAGCCAUCUUAAACAAGAAGUACCCAGGAGCAUCCAUCUACAAAUACGAGCAAGGUGUUCUGGUCGAUGACAACUUUCAGCCUCCUUCAAACCAGUAGUUCAGCUUUUUGAGCAAACGUUGAGUCAUUUAGGACACAGUCACAGUCCUAAUGCUGAACCAAUUUGGAACAAAAUUUUUCUUUUUGGGCAAUUUUCAACCUUGUUUGAACAAAUUUGGAGAAUUUUGACCAAAUUUUUUGAAUCAUCUGGACAAAUUCUGAGUCACUUUCGACAAACUUUGAGUCAUUUUGGACUCGUUUGAACCAAAUUUGGGAAAACUUGUCUUUCUUUUAAAAAAAAUCUGUCUCAGUUGGAACAAAUGUUCUGUCUUUUUGAACAAUUUUCAACCUAAUUUGGAGCCAAUUUUUAGCAUUUUUAGCAAACUUUAAAUAAUUUUGGACAAAUUCUGAGUCAGUUCCAGCAAACUUUGAGUCAUUUUGGACACAAUCUGAGCCCCACUGGACAAUUUUUAACCUAAUUUUGGACAAUUCUUUUGUCAGUUUUUAGAAACGGAGUUCUUUUGGCCAAUUUUAAAUUUUAGAAUGAAUUUUCUCUCCUUUUGGACAGUUUUUGAUAGCGUUUGGAACCAAUUCCUUAUUUCAAUGCUUUAAUUUUAUGGUAUUUUGGGAGAAAGUUUUAGCUUUUUCACAUUUUUUUCUGUCAUUUUGGACAAAGUUUGAAUAAUUUUGGACGUUUUUCAACCCACUUACGACCAAAUUUAUAGAAUUUUACACAAACUGGGAGUCUGUAGGUCAGUGUAGGUCUGUAGCUAUUUUUUGAUCACUUUUGACAUGUUUUAACCCAUUUUGGAACACAUUUUGGGGAACAAAGUUUGAGUGAUUACUCUAUUUCCAUCCUUGUGAAGUUUUUGCUUGUUUUGAUGAUGUUGUUGCCGUAUUAUUUUUCACAGACUUUAAUCAGUGCUAACAGUGUAUUUUUUAGCAUUGAUUCAAAUGGAAAAAGCAUAAUUGAGUGGUUUUGGUGAAACAUCAUGAUUUCAUACUUAAGAUGAUGGGAUUUGUUUUUAUUUUUUGGAAGAUAUUUUUGUUUUUUUGUUUAAAUAAUUCAAUUUAGCGCAUUUGAAAUGGCACAAUAAGGUGGUCUGGUGAAAUAUCGUGAUUUCAAGCUUUACAUUUUGUGGUUUGGUUUGUUUUUUGGGUGCUGGUUGUGUUUUUGUUUUGUUUUACAAUAUUUGGUUUAUUUUUCACCACAUUUUGAAAUGGCAUAAUAAAGUGAUUUUGGUGAAUUGUAAUGUGAUUUUAUUUUUGUGAUUUUAUUUUUAUUCUUCGAGAGCAGAACAAUUCAUCAUGAUUGACUCUUUAAAGAGGGGAACUUUAGUCUUUUCUUCUCGGCCAAUCACCAGGCAGAAAAUGAGAGCUGUGAACUGGUGUUGUUGGAGUUGGAGCUUUCUUGAUCUUGAAGAUGAC